UUUAUCUUAAGAGAUAAUAUCACAGACUAAUCUGUGAUAAUACUUUGGUAUAAUAAAAUAUAAUCAUUGAUUUUUUGUGGAUCUUUAGGAGCUGUAGAAAAUGAUUAACCAUGAAGCAUAUGAGAUCUUUCCUCUAAUUUCGUUAUCUAGCCAGGUUGAAUCAGUAGCUGCCUAUGAUGACAAUCUACUCAUUGGAACUCGACAAGGUUUCUUAUUUAUGUAUAAUGUAGAGCCAGGUACUGAAGAAAAAUAUAAUGUACAACUCAUGCGGUUGAAUAAAUCUUUCAGUAAAAAGGCAAUCUCCCAAUUAGAGGUCAUACCUGAUUAUCAGCUCUUGAUAUGUCUUACAGAUAAUGUUGUACAAGUACACGAUAUAAAUUCUAUAAAUUUUAACCUGCUCACACAAAUACAACGUACACGGGGUGCCACAUAUUUUACAUUGAAUAUCAGGAGAGAAAAAUCUCUGACUGGAGGAGGUGCUGUACUAGUGCGAAUGGCAGUAGUUGUGAAGAGAAAACUACAGUUAUAUUAUUUGAAGAACAAUGAAUUCAUGCAGUUGGGUGAGGACAUAAACUUGAGUGAGGUUCCUAGAAGUGUUAUUUGGUCACAAGAAUCACUCUGUAUUGGGUACAAAGGGGAAUAUGCUCUCAUAGAAUUAGCGGAUAAUAAACAUUCUGAAUUAUUUCCAACAAGUGGAAGUCGUUCUAGCGAUCCCUGUAUGGGGAAAGUAUCUGAAAGAGCAUAUGCCCUUUGUCGAGACUCACAAACAGUUUUUGUGAAUGUUAAAGGUGAAACUGAGAUUACAACUGCUCUAAGGUGGUCAGAUGUUCCUCUGGCCUUAACUUGGGAUGAACCUUAUUUAUUAGCUGCUCUCCCCGAUAAAGUUGAAGUAAAAACGCCAGAUGCUGCUGGACUCACACAAAAUUUGAGCGAACUUACCAAAGUGAGAUUUUUGGUUUCAUGCAGUCAAGGUCGAGUUUAUGCAGCUAACUUUAGUCAAGUAUGGGUCAUUUCCGGUAUCAAUAUAGCUAAACAGAGGAAGCUCUUACUCGAUGCCAAGCAAUUCCAGUUAGCUCUCAAACUAACUGCUAUUUCAGACGAGUGCGAAGAUGAUAAAAAGGAAAAAGUUCAUCAUAUACAGACUCUUUUAGCUUAUGAUCUCUUUUCUAACAAACAAUUUCACGAAAGUAUGAAAGAAUUUCAAAAACUGAAAACUGAUCCUUAUGACGUAAUAAGACUUUUUCCCGAGCUAUUGCCUCAUCAAACUGGAGAAAAUAACCCUCUAGCUGGUCCACCACUAGUCGGAAAGGAUUUAGAAACAGGGCUUUUAGCUUUGAUCGACUAUUUGACUGAUAUAAGACAUCCUCUAAAGCUGGAGGUGGCAAAUAACAACGAUGCCAAGAGUAAGACAGCUCUUCAUUUGCUCCAAAUUAUAGACACCACCCUUUUGAAGUGCUAUUUACAAACCAAUGAUGCUCUUGUGGCUCCUUUGUUGAGAUUGAAUUAUUGUCAUCUCUCAGAAGCGGAAAAGGUGCUGAGAAAGAUGGGAAGACACAACGAAUUGGUCAUAUUGUACCAGACUAAGGGCCAGCAUCGUAAGGCUUUAGAGCUGUUGAAAUCAGAGAAAGCAAUUGAAAGGACCAUUAAGUAUUUACAGCAUCUUGGUCCAGAUCAAGUUGGUCUCAUUCUCGAAUUUGCGAAUUGGGUGCUGACCGAAGCCCCUGAAGAAGGACUUCGAAUUUUUAUCGAAUACAAUCCUGAUGAUGAGCAACCGCCCAAGCCUAGAGUUUUAGAUUUUCUACUUAGAUCUCAUCCUACCGUGGUCAUUCCCUACCUUGAACACGUUGUUCACGUUUGGAAAGACACCAACCCCCUGUUUCACAAUGCACUAGUGCAUCAGUACAGAUCGAGGUCUAUGAGCGAACAAACUGACGUUUCGAGACGUUUGCUGUUGGAAUUUCUGGAGAAGAGCCAGCAUUAUGUUGCCGAGUCUGUUUUGGCCCAAUUUCCGAAUGAAGGUUUCCUUGAAGAGAGGGCUGUGAUUUUAGGGAGGUUAGGAAGGCAUGACGAAUCUCUGGCGAUUUACGUGAGGGUCUUAGGAGAUAUAGACAAAGCUUUGAAAUAUUGCGAGAAGGUGUAUGAUUCCAAUAACCCAAAGAGCAAAGGGGUUUAUGUUUAUCUCAUCAAACAAAUAUUGGACCCAGAUUCCUGUCUUCCACCUAACAGCAUCUUAUCUCCGAAAACUGCCACCCCCGAUGUAGAGCUAGCUUUGAAAAUUAUGGAAGAACAUGCCACUCGACUGGACCCUCUUGAAAUUCUGAAUUCCCUUCCGGAGAAUGUACCUAUUGGUAGAAUCCAGUCGUUUUUACUAAAGGCCCUACAAAAGUCUAUAUCGGAAAGAAGAAGAGCACAAUUGCUUAAAGGGCUCUUGUAUGCCGAGCAUUUGCAAUGCCAGGAGUUGAGAUUUAGGCUGCAAGCACAAAAGGUCCUGAUUACCGAACUGAAUGUUUGUCCAGUUUGUAAAAAACGGUUCGGGAAUCAGAGUGCUCUUGUGAGGUACCCUAAUGGAGAUGUUGUUCAUUAUUCUUGUAAUGACAAAAAAUUACAACCCUUAAACAUUAAUUCAAACUCUGGUACUAAGAAUUCAAUGUGAUACUUUAAUUCAUAUAUUUAUAUACCUGUUAAAAAUAAACUACAUAUAUACAAAAAUAAAAUACACUAGUCAAAUCCAUAAAUGAGAAUCUUUUACUUUGUGGCUUAGAAAGAGCCAACAAUAAGUUGAAUGUCCGUUUAUAUCAAAUUCCUCAAAAAGCGGUGACUAUUUCCUGAAAUUUCAGUGAGUGAUCUGUCACCAGAGCAACCGUACUUUUAUUCCGGUUAGG